UUUCACCUGUACUCAAAUCUAAGAUCUUUAUUGUAAUUGCUUUCUUCCUCUGUAACUCUCAGCCGUCCUCUCAUAUAAGCCAUAUUCAUGUAUAGUUUUUGUGUGAAUUUGAGGUUUUCUUAAGCCUUUUGCAUCAUUUGCUCAAGAAGAAAAGUUUCUUGAUUAACUUGAGUACUCUCUUUGCCUCCAUUUCUUUGCAAACAAGGUGUCACAUUCUUUCUAAUUGAAUCUAUGAAAUGGGUUUAAUCCGGAGUUCAUCUCUGAAAAGAGGAGAUUACUUGGAAGGGAUGCUCAGUGAAUAUGUUGGAGGCAGAACCAAGUUGAAAGUUAACAGGAGUGUCUCACCUAGGCUUGUUGCUGCUCUUACUUGUCUGCAAUUUGCUUUCGCUAUUUAUGCUACUUUCUUAUUGUACUACAUGAGUCCUGCAGUUGAUUUAAGAACAAAACCAGACUUUACAUGGGCUACAAGAAUUGCACAAAAUUGGAAACAAUUCAUAGUCCCACCACGUGUACUUGGUAGAUACCAAGAAGCAGCUUCUCUUGUUGGAACAGAAAUUCAACCCAUCACUCCAUUAGAAGUUUGUGAGCAUGAAAAGAUUGAUUUCCAGCAGAAAAAGUCUAAUGAUGCUCAAAUGAUCAAGUUGAAAAGAGAACUUUAUGAUGAGAUAUUGGGUUUUCAGAGCAAGUCUAUUGGUACAGAAACUCUAUCUGAGCUAAUGGCAAUGAAAUCUAAGUGGGAUUUGCGCGGUCCAAAUAGACCAAAGGUUACAGUAAUCUUGAAUCAUUUCAAGAGAAAGACACUUUGUUCACAGCUUGAUUCUCUGCUUCAACAGACCCUUCCUUUCCACCAUGUUUGGGUGCUUUCAUUUGGGAGCCCAAAUGAGCUCUCACUUAAGAGAAUUGUAGAUAGCUAUAAUGAUUCAAGAAUCAGCUUUAUUAGUUCAAGCUAUGAUUUCAAGUACUAUGGAAGAUUCCAAAUGGCUUUACAAACUGAAGCAGAUCUUGUAUAUAUUCUUGAUGAUGAUAUGAUUCCUGGUAAGAAAAUGCUGCAGAUUUUAUCACACGUAGCAGGCACUGAGAAGUAUAAGAAUUCAGUUUUGGGCAGCAUAGGGAGGAUUUUGCCGUUCAGGCAAAAGGACUUCACAUUCCCAAGUUAUCGAAAGUUUCGAUCGAAGGAGGCAGGUCUAUACCUGCCUGACCCUGCUUAUGAUAUAACAGUUGAUAAGAUUGUGCAGGUGGAUUUCCUUUCCAGUUCAUGGUUUCUAUCUGCAGAACUUGUCAAGACACUUUUCGUCGAAACACCAAUGACAUUCAUGACUGGAGAAGAUCUGCAUCUAAGCUAUCAGCUUCAGAAGUACAGAAAUGCAGGCUCAUUUGUUCUUCCAGUAGACCCGAAUGACAAGGAAACAUGGGGUGAUAGUGAGCACAGGCUUGCUUAUGUUUCUGAGACCACUGUAAUUUUCAAAGACAUUGUUCAAGUCCGAGAUGAUCAAUGGUGGAAGGCACUUUCAACUGGUUAUGUGACUCAGUGGGCUGCAAUGUACCCUCAGAAAAUAGAUGCACUCUUUUAUGCCCACUCGGUUGAUGAAGUUAACGCGCUUGCACCUCUUCUUGAAAAAUUCAGGUCUACUGUUGGCAAAAAGGCCUAUAUUGCUGUUUCAGGAGGUACUUUUUGCCCUUGUGAAGAUGCUGCAACUGCUCUAAAAUGGCCUAAGUUGGUAUGCAAGGAGAGAAGGUUUAAGAUAUUCGAUUUGGAUGUCGGGGCACUGUCAGGAAUAUCGAACUCUGAAGUACCAGUGGUGCAAGCAGUGUACUCUAGCAUGAAAGGAUUGAUCAAAAUUCACAAUCCCAGUGUGGUAAUCACAGUAGCUGGCAUUGAUCCUAAUGUGAAGAAAGCUCUGAAAAUGGCGACUGAGACCAGUACUAAUGGUACAACAAUGAUUCUCCUGCCAAGACCUUCUAUAUCCAAGGUUCUUUGGAUUGCAGACCUAAGAUCUACUGCUUUGCCAAAUUGGAAUAAAAUGCACAUUUCUGUUAACAUAAUCACCCAAAACCGUGCUCAUUCUUUAUCAAGGCUUCUCAAUUCCCUCGGAAAUGCAUACUAUCUUGGCGAUGAAAUACCUAUCAGCUUCAACAUGGACAGUAAAGUGGAUGCCGCAACUAUAAGACUUGUAAAUUCAUUUGAUUGGCCUCAUGGUCCUAAAAUCCUUAGAAGAAGAAUCAUCCAAGGAGGCCUGAUCCGAGCGGUUAGUGAAAGUUGGUAUCCUACAUCUGAUGAUGAUUAUGGACUCCUACUUGAAGAUGAUAUCGAAGUCUCCCCAUACUAUUAUCUAUGGAUCAAAUAUGCACUCUUAGCCUACCACUAUGAUCCUCAAGUUUCAUUACCUGAGCUCUCCUCCAUUUCCCUGUACACACCCAAAUUGGUUGAGGUGGUGAAAGAAAGGCCUAAAUGGAAUCCAACUGAGUUCUUCAAGAGAAUCCAUCCUAACACGCCAUAUCUCCACCAGCUACCCUGCAGUUGGGGUGCAGUGUUCUUCCCUAAGCUUUGGAGAGAAUUCUAUGUUUACAUGAACAUGAGGUUCACUAAAGAUGCCAAGGCAAACCCAGUUCAAAUUCCGAAGUCUAGAACAAAUGGAUGGCAAGCUUCAUGGAAAAAAUUCCUCAUUGACAUGAUGUACCUUAGAGGCUAUGUUAGUCUCUAUCCAAACUUUCCAAACCAAGCAAGCUUUUCAACCAACCAUAUGGAACCAGGGGCUCACAUUAGUGCAAAGGACAAUGUUGUUAAGCAUGACAAGUCAGAUUUUGAGGUCCCAUUAUUGAAAGAAGAUUUCAGAAACUUUUUGCCUAGUGGUAAGCUUCCUCCAGCAUCAAAAUUGCCAUCACUAAACCUGUUUAACCAGCCUGUUUCGCUUAAGGGUCUAAAAUCAGCUGGAGCUAAGUUGGGCCAAGAUGUAUUUAGAUGCAAUAACGUCACAGAAAUUGUGUCUGUUGAUCAUGAAACAGGUCUGCCAAUGCAGUGCACGAAAUUCUGAUAAGCAGUAGAAAAAUGCUGCUUGAUAAUUCUUUAUUUCUUUGAAGAUAUCUUCCUUGUAAUGUUCUUCUUAGCUUUGUGUUGUUGAUACGCGAUUAAGUAGAGGAACCAGUGGGAUAUGCAAAGGUGGAAUACUGUUUCUUCUUGACUGAGCGAAGAAUAACAAAAAUUCUCACAUGGGGAGGAAGAUGGGUGUCCAUUGCAUCAUAUAUGAAGCCAAAAGUGGCUUUUCUUUAUUGUCUCCAGAACAAGAAAAAGAAACAAAUUUGGUUUUCAUCUUACGUUUUUUUCUCUGGUCUUUGUCAAUGCCUAAAUGUUAUACACAGCUGUGUCUUGUAGUUGUAGUGAACUAGCAUGCAUUUCACUUCACCCAAUUCAGUUGAAUCUUAGAAAAGCAGCCGUAUUCCAUGCCUUGGUUUUGAAGGAACCAGGUGCCUCAAUUGGAAAAUUUUAAAAUACAAUGAUUUUCAUGUGAAUUCUAU